CCGGCGCCCAGCGGCCGAGCAGCGCGGAGCGGGGCCGGGGCCGGGCUGGUGCCGGUACCGCGGCUCGGCCCGCGCAGGAGGCGGCGGCGGCGGCGGGGCCGCCAUGAACCGCGGCGGGGCGGGGGCGGCGCCCGCCUUCCCCGGCCCCGUGCAGUUCCCCGGCAGCACCACGGUGCUGGUGGAGCUGACGCCCGACAUCCACAUCUGCGGCAUCUGCAAGCAGCAGUUCAACAACCUGGACGCCUUCGUGGGGCACAAGCAGAGCGGCUGCCAGCUGGGCAGCGCCACGGCUGGAGCCACCAGCACCGUGCAGUUCGUGUCCGAGGAGACCCUGCCCAGCACACAGGCUCAGAGCAGCAGCAGGACCAUCGCCUCUGAGACACAGACCAUCACAGUUUCUGCCCCAGAGUUUGUGUUUGAGCAUGGCUACCAAACCUACCUGCCCAGUGAGAGCACAGAGCCUCCAGCUGCUGCUGUUGUCUCUGCACCCCCAAAAUCAAGGUCCAAGAAAUCCUCCUCCUCUGUGCCACUGAAGAAACUCAGCUGCCUGUACCCAGGUUGCCAGUUCAAGACUUCCUAUGGUAUGAAGGAUUUGGAACGUCAUCGGCGAACACACACAGGGGACAAGCCCCACAAGUGCGAGGUGUGCAGCAAGUGCUUCAGCCGCAAGGACAAGCUGCAGAUGCACAUGCGCUCGCACACGGGCGUGAAGCCCUACAAGUGCCGGCACUGCGAGUACGCGGCGGCCGACAGCAGCAGCCUGAGCAAGCACCAGCGCAUCCACUCCAACGAGCGCCCCUUCAAGUGCCAGAUCUGCCCCUACGCCAGCCGCAACUCCAGCCAGCUCACCGUGCACCUGCGCUCACACACAGGCGAUGCCCCGUUCCAGUGCCAGCUGUGCCCCGCCAAGUUCAAGAUCAACUCGGACCUGAAGCGGCACCUGCGGGUGCACUCGGGGGAGAAGCCCUACAAGUGCGAGUUCUGCGAGGUGCGCUGCGCCAUGAAGGGCAACCUGAAAUCGCACGUGCGGCUCAAGCACAGCGCCGACAGCAGCCUCAAGUGCCCCGAGUGCGACUUCCAGUGCGGCACCAAGAGCGGCCUGCGGCAGCACGUCCGCGGCCACCGGCCCGAGCAGCCCGUCAGGUGCCCCGAGUGCAGCUACUCGUGCUCCAGCAGGGCCGCCCUCAGGGUGCACGAGCGCGUCCACGGCCAGGAGAGACCCUUCAAGUGCCAGCUGUGCGCCUUCGACACCAAGCAGCGCAGCAACCUCACCACCCACGUGCGCAAGGCCCACGGGGACAAGGCCAAGGGCAAGAAGCCGGACAGGAAGGAAGGGGAGAAGCCCAAGCAGGGCGGCUCCAGGCAGGUGGCCAGGCUGGACGCCAAGAAGGCCUUCAAGUGCGACCUGUGCGAGGCGUCCUUCGUGCGGGAGGACUCCCUGCGCAGCCACAAGAAGCAGCACAGCCUGUACGGCGGCGCCAAGGGCGGCGAGCUGGCCGUGCUGCAGCUGCAGGUGGAGCCCGGCCGCCAGCCCGGCGCCGUCGGCCACCUGCAGGUGCCGCUCCAGGCCGCGCAGGUGUCCCCCUACAACGAGGGCCGAGUCAAGAUCAUCGUGGGCCACCAGGUGCCGCAGGCCGGCGGGCUGGUGCAGGCGGCCUCGGUGAACGUGGUGCCGCCCGCGCUGCUGGGCGCGGGGCAGGAGGAGGCGCUGGCCGGGGGCCGCCUGCAGCUGCUGGGCCAGGUCAGCGUGCUGGCCCCCGCCCCGGCCGCGGUGGCCGCGGGGGACGCGGGGCCGGGGGCCGAGGCGGCCGUGCUGCUGGGCAGCCCCGAGCAGGGCCUGCUGCCCGCGGCUGCCCCCGGCCACGAGCCCCCCGGCAGCCAGGCCUUCAUCGCCAGCUCCGCCAUCAGCUGCUCCGACCUGGAGGGGCUCAACGCCCUCAUCCAGGAGGGAGCGGCCGAGGUGACCGUGGUCAGCGACGGGGGGCAGAGCAUCACCGUGUCCACGGCUGCUCCGCCUCCGCCCAUCUUCUCCUCCUCCCACACCGAGGGCCCCAAGCAGAGCUACUCCAUCAUCCAGAGCGGGGCUCACACGGCCCUGCUGUGUCCUGCAGACUCCAUCCCCGAUUAGCAGGGCUGCUCUGGGCCCUGCAGACUCCACCCCUGGUUAGCAGGGCUGCUCUAGACCCUGCUGUGUCCUGCAGACUCCAUCCCUGGUUAGCA